GCCGCCGUAGAUUACAAAUAGGGCCUUGUCCGAGAAGUGCCGGAGGCUGCCUUUGACGCUGUCCCGUAUAUCAGACGCCUAGUUCUGCGCCGAGUUGUGCGGGCCUGCGAGACGAUCUGUUUUAUUUAUGUAUUAUUAUUUUUUUUUUUUUUCGCCAUCGCCUGCCGUCUUCCCCACCGUCUUCCCCCCGCCCUUGUCCCGAGUAAGAAGCGAGACAGGUAGCUGUUGUGAUAAUACUUAAAACAUAAUAACCUGAGCGACGUUUUCGAUCCCGGCCUCUAUUUUAUCACAUACACAACUGCGCCAGUACGCGCAGGACUCGUGCCCACCAUGCCGCGCACUCUGACCAUCAAGAAGGUCGAUGGCAAGCCUGGCCAGGUGUACUACCCCCUCCAGCUCAACGAGGUGCCCCGUCCCGUGCCGGGGCCUAAGGAGGUCCUCGUGCGGCUGCACGCCGCGGCUCUGAACCACCGGGACCUCUUCAUCCGGCAGCAGCUGUACCCGGGGAUCUCGUUCGAGCAGCCGCUGCUCGCCGACGGCGUCGGCACCGUCGUCGAGGCCGGCGCCGACGUCGACCCGGCCGUCGCCCGGUCCCUGCUGCGCGCCCGCGUCCUGCUGACCCCGAGCCGCGGCUGGGCCGCCGACCCGCGCGGGCCCGAGGACCCCAACCCCGCCAGCUUCAGCGUCGUCGGCGGCUCCGCCCUCCUGCCCCCCGGCUCCGGCACCGCCCAGGACUACGCCCUCCUCGACCCCGCCGAGCUCGAGCCCGCCCCGCCCCACCUCACCGCCGCCGAGGCCGCCGCCCUCCCCCUCGUCGGCCUCACCGCCUGGCGCGCCCUCGUCACCAAGGGCCUCGGCGCCCCCGACGCCGACGCUGCUGCCGCCGCCGCCGACGGCAUCAACGUCCUCGUCACCGGCAUCGGAGGCGGCGUCGCCCUCUCCGCCCUCCAGUUCGCCGUCGCCUUGGGCGCCCGCGUCUUCGUCACCUCGGGCGACCCCGCGAAGCUCGAGCGCGCCCGCCGCGAGCUCGGCGCCGCCGGCGGCGUGUCCUACCGCGACGCCGCCUGGGAUAAGCAGUUGGCCGCGCAGCUGCCCGCGUCCCGCCCCUACCUCGACCUCGUCAUCGACGGCGCCGGAGGGGACGUCGUGUCGCGCGCCGUGCGACUGCUGCGCCCCGGCGGCGUCAUCUCCGUCUACGGCAUGACCGUCGCCCCCAAGAUGGACUGGACCAUGCAGGCUGUCCUCCGCAACGUCGACCUCCGCGGCAGCACCAUGGGCUCCCGCGCCGAGUUCCGGGCCAUGGUCGACUUCGUCCGCCGCCACACCAUCCACCCUAUCGUCAGCCGCGUUGUCCGCGGCCUCGAUGACAUCGCCGCCAUCGACGGCCUCUUCGAAGACAUCCGCGCCGGCAGGCAGUUCGGCAAGCUCGUCAUUGAGAUCUCGCCCGAGGGCGAGGACAGCGCCAAGUUGUGAUGACGAGGGAGACCGCAGACAAUGAUGUGCGUGCUUCAUCCAUUCACCUAGGGGGUUUGCGUAACCUAUAGUAGCAUCACGUAGGAAGGCUUGUUUCGGGGCUGUGAGGGCAUAAGAGACGUACAUCCUUGCCACCCUAGUUCAUUAGAUAGAAAUCACGACAUUUCGUCGUGUAGAACAGGCACAGAACAAUAUAACCCGUCGUCGUAC